AUGCCCUGUGGCUUGAUCGUCCUCAAUUGUCAUUUACUUUUCGUCGUUGUUAUCCUCAUCGAAUUAGUCCUUUCAAGACCCAUUUUAAUCGAUAGAGAUCAACGAGAAGUAGCAACGUCAAAAGAUAAAAUAAUGAACAAAGAUCGAAGACAUUCGAUAUUUGACGACAAGAACAAAGCUGUUUUAGGCGAACUUCAUACAUAUUUAAGUAAUUAUGGUUACUUACCUCGUUCUGAUUUGGAAACGCGAGCAAUACGAACAGAUGAAGAAUUUCGUUCUGCAAUUCGACGUUUACAAACAUUUGCCACGAUUCCUGUGACUGGUAAACUCGAUCAAGCAACACUUGAUCUAAUAAGACGUCCUCGUUGCGGUUUAGCUGAUUAUGAACCUCAUCGUUUACCACGUCCUCAUAUCUAUGGAAAUCGUCGUCGACGUCGGUAUGUUUUACAAGGACAAAAAUGGGCUAAAACAUAUUUAACCUAUAAGUAA